AUGUCUUCCGUCGUUCCGACGCGGACAACGGACCCGUCGAAGGUCCACCCGUCUCCCCCACUUACGCCCCCGUCUACCCUCAAGAACAUUAAAAUGACCAAGGAAGAGGAGCCUGCCGACAUGAACAUUCCUGACAACUAUGUCGCCUGGACCCUCAAGAAUCAGAAGCCGCUUCCUCCGGUCAGCUGGAAUAACUGGUGGAAGGAGUUGAACUACCUGAGCUUGUCUAUUCUCACCAUUACACCUUCCAUCGCGCUCUGGGGCGCGUUUCACGUCAAGUUACGAUGGGAGACGGCCAUUUGGAGUGUCUUUUACUACUUCGUGACUGGUCUCGGCAUUACCGCCGGCUAUCAUCGGCUCUGGGCCCACAGGUCUUACAAUGCGUCUAAAACCUUGAAGUACAUGCUCGCAACUGCUGGUGCUGGUGCGGUGGAAGGGUCGAUCAAAUGGUGGUCGCGAGGACACCGUGCCCAUCAUCGUUACACCGACACUGAACUUGACCCAUACAAUGCCCACAUGGGUUUCUGGUGGUCACAUAUCGGGUGGAUGAUCGUCAAACCCCGCCGAAAGCCCGGUGUUGCGGAUGUAAGCGACCUCAGUAGAGACGAGGUUGUGCGUUGGCAGCAUCGCUGGUACUUGCAUCUGAUUAUUGGCAUGGGCUUCUUGCUUCCUAUGGCUGUGGCGGGCCUUGGCUGGGGAGAUUGGGCAGGCGGUUUCUUCUUCGCUGGCGCGGCUCGUUUGUGUUUUGUGCACCAUUCGACUUUCUGCGUCAAUUCGCUCGCGCAUUGGUUAGGAGAGACGCCUUUUGAUGACAAGCAUACGCCGCGCGACCAUGUCAUCACUGCUCUUGUGACGGUUGGUGAGGGCUACCACAAUUUCCACCACCAGUUCCCGAUGGAUUAUCGCAAUGCCAUCAAAUGGUAUCAGUACGACCCGACGAAAUGGUUCAUCUGGACAAUGUCUCAGUUUGGUUUGGCGAGUCACUUGAAGGUGUUCCCUGACAACGAAGUCCGCAAGGGCCAGCUUGCAAUGCAGCUCAAGCGUUUGCGCGAGACUCAGGAAGGUCUGUCUUUUGCACCAGAGGGCAAUGAACUCCCGGUCAUUAGCUGGGAGAGCUUCCGAGAGCAAUCUGCGAAACGUUCCCUCGUUGUGAUCGGAGGUUUCAUCCAUGACGUGUCCGCUUUCAUGGACGAGCAUCCCGGAGGACGUCAUCUUGUGGCGAAGAUGGUUGGUAAGGACGCCACAACAGCAUUCUUUGGAGGCGUAUACGACCACUCCAAUGCUGCUCACAACUGGUUGUCCAUGAUGAGGGUCGGCGCUCUUCAUGGCGGCACACAGCACGGUCUGGAUGACAAAUCUGUUCCUCCGUCCCAGCGUUUGCGGAUCGCUCGCUAUAACGAAAUUGGUUCAGGGAAUGCCUCGUCGACUGCUUGGUCUGAUUCCGAGGGUCUUCUGGGUUGA